GAUCGCUGAAACGCAACAUGAGGCUGUCCAGAUACUUUUAGACUUUUCUCUAACUGUUUGCAGGUUAAAAACACAUCUAAGUGCACAAUGACGGACUGAUUAGUAUUAAGUACUUUUAAAUCUAUGAUAUUUAAGGGAGAUUGGAGAGAAUUUCAGUGUUUGUUUACUAUCACUCAGCUUUAUAUUAAACAGAGAUGGAAUAUCUGCUGCUGGUGAAGAUUUUAGCUCUGGUUGGGUUAUUAGUUUUAACUUUGUUGUUUGGUUUCAUUCCUGCCCGGAUUAAAUGGUUCCGAGAAACUACAGGAACAGAGACCCACCGGACGGUGCUGAGUUUGAUCAGCUGCUUUGCCGGAGGAGUUUUCCUGGCCGCUUGUCUCUUGGACAUUAUUCCUGACUAUCUCACUGAUAUAAAUGAGCAGCUACAAGGUUUACAGAGCGACUUCCCUCUGGCGGAGUUCAUCAUGGCCUGCGGCUUCUUCACCGUCCUCAUCCUGGAGAGACUCGUGCUCAGCUGUACCGGACGAGGGGGUGAGGAGUCCACUCCUCUGCUUCAUUCCAAGGGUCACGUUCAUGCUUACGGUCACUCUCACGGUCACUCGCACCAUUCUAUAAACGACGUGGAGAGCAGCGGCCACCAUGUGCACGUGGACCAUCAGGCCCAUUCCUCCUUCCGCUCGUUCAUGCUCUUCCUCUCGCUGUCGCUGCACUCGGUGUUCGAAGGACUGGCCAUCGGUCUGCAAACCACAAACACAAAGGUUUUGGAGAUCUGCAUUGCCAUCGUGGUGCACAAGAGCAUCAUCGUCUUCAGUCUGUCGGUAAAGCUGGUCCAGAGCGCCGUCCCACCCGGCUGGGUCGCCAUCUACAUCAUCGUCUUCACCCUCAUGUCGCCCAUCGGCAUCGGCCUGGGCAUCGGGGUGAGCGAAGCCGAGUUACAGGCGGGGGCGUUGAUCCAGGCCGUGCUGGAAGGCCUCGCCGCAGGGACGUUUGUGUACAUCACGUUUCUGGAGAUCCUUCCUCACGAGCUCAACUCUCCAGAGAGACAGCUCCUCAAAGUGCUCUUCAUAUUACUCGGCUUCUCGCUGAUGGCCGGCCUGUGCUUUAUAGGCUGAGAGAGCUUAUCAGCAGUAAAAGAGAACCUUAGGGGGUCAAAGCUGCUCCCAGUUUAUCCAGCUGACAUCGAUUUUUAGUGGUUUUUUUAUUUAUUAAAGUUUGAAUUUGUGUUUUAAUGGACGUUAUUCAAAGUGCCACUAAUCUAUUUUAGAUCUAUAUGAUAUUAGUGCUGGGAUUUAGAUCUUGCAGGUUCGAAUCUCAGCUGUGCUACUGGCCAGCCGGGCACCUACACGCAGACACGAUUGGCUGACGUGUACGGGAGGGCCUUAUUACUGCUGCCUUGAUAGCGGCCUCUGGUGGCUGGUCGAGGCGCCUGCACAGAGACGGGGGAUAACAGAAAGCAGUGCGUGAUUCUCUGUACUGUGUGAACUCGCCGUGCAGGAGAAAUGAAGCGGUCGGCUACUGCACAUGUGUCAGAGGGGCCUGUGUUAGGUACGGCCUUCUUCGGUCAUGUAAUUAGGGUAAUUGGAUACGACACGAUUAGGAGAAAAAGGGGGAAAAUUGUGUAAAUCAAAUAAAACUGACAACACAGUGGUUUAAAGAGAAGAUCAUGAAAUAAUUUCUAUACUAACUGACCUAUUAGACAGAGAUUAGAUUAUAUUCAGUUUUAAUCAGAAGAAUCUUAUGCCGUAUGUGCUUUUACUUUAUCGUCUUUGUGUCUCAGGUUGUUAUAAGGACACGAGACAUUUGGGGAAUAUAUUUUAGCAUCAUAUUUCAAACCACUGUCACCCAGACGGGCAGUAUUUUACGUAAACAAAGACUGUCCUAUUUUGAAGGCAGCGUCACUGUGGUCGAAUAUUAGAAGUGUUACAUCACAAGAAGUCAGUCUUGUGGUCUGUUCUCCAGAAGAAUGUUCCUAAAAAUAUUUCAACAUUUUAAUAGCUAAUGAUAAACCAGAGAUGAAGAUUUGAAAUGUUUACAGUUCUGGAUGCACCACUACUAGUAUAACUAGUUUAAACUGACCUUCAUCUUUACUCAGCCGAGAGUGUUUAUUCUGUUCUUUGUAAAUGGUCUUCCGAGCCCCGACGAUGCCAGAAAUGAAGAGCUUUUAACGGUGUCGCCCUUCCUGUUCCACGUGCAGAAAGCCAGUUCUAUAAUCCUGACCUCAACCUCAGUGAAAAACUGUGGGAUGAAUUGGAAUGUCACCAAUGCUCUUGUGACUGAAUGGCCUUCUCUGAAGGUGGGGCGGCUGAACAGCUUUAUUGUACAUCAACAUAGAAUUGUUCAGUCAGAAACUGGAAAGGAACAUCGUUCUACUGAAAGUGUUCUGAUGAUGAUGAUGAUGAUGAUGAUGAUGAAGAAUGCGUGACUCUCCGAUCCCUGUGUAAAUCCAUCUCUGAAAGGUGAAAAGAAGCGGUCCUGGACAUACCUUGUGUCGGGUCGGAGUGGACGUGUCUUAGGUGGGCUGUCCUCGGUUAGGGUCAGGGUCUGGAGCAGUGGAGAAGAGUUAAAAUUGGGUAAAUGACCAGUUUAGGGAAAAUGCAGAAACGGUGUUCAAAAUGCAAAAUUAAAAAUAACAAUAUCAGUAGGCACAUCCGAAUGGGAACAAAUAAAACCUAAAAUGUGGCAUGUUUUUUUAAAUUUUCUAUUAUGUCAAAUAUAGUGAAUUAAUAAAAUUGUGCCAUAAAAUAUGCAGAAAAAGACGGAUUUUACUGAUUUUGAGGUUUCCUGACGUUUUUAAUGACUAUUUUUGUCAAAAAAUCAUUAAUAUUUCAAGACUGCUAUAAAGUGUAUGUAAACUUCUGACCUUACCUGUAUUUCUGACACUCAAAUACUCAUACAGGUUACAAGAUUUUGUUGGCUUUGUUGAAUUUUUGAAGACUUAUGUUGACUGAAACCAGUUUUGACUAGUUCUGUUUACACCAAGAGUUUUGGGUUACACAACGCUUUACCUGUAAAUAAACUUGUUAUAAUAAACUUAUUUACUACAGAGAAAA